UUUAUGUGGAUAGUAGACAAAUUCCUAUGUGCAAUGUGGAAAUUUUUUUUUGUUUUUUAACAGUAAAUAUCAUCACUGAUGGUGAUGGCAUAAUUGUCAUACUUGAAUCUUACCUAUUUUUGUAAAGGCCAUCUUCUUAGAAACAGGUUUUGUGUGUUAUGAAAAAUAUCUUCAUUAGAAUUCCAUUGACCAGGAUGUAGAAUUUAAAAGUUAAAUGUGUGCACGUUUUCAGUGACAGUGAUACAAAAUUAAUAUUGAAAAUGACUUCAACUGCAGAUUUAGUGGCGGAUUCUACCCCGGAUUUAACAAAAAAGGAAGCUGAUAAGCCUUUUUUGAAAUUGAGUUGGAGGGAAAAAGUUUCUUACAUCCGGGAAGUUAUCACUGUGGAACCUCUUAUAACUGCAUACAUACUGGCUUCUUACCUCUGUGUACCAGCAAUGAAAAAUUUGGAGUUUGAAAAAGCCUGCAGAGUAAAUUUGGGUUUCAACGACUCGGUUUGCAACAAUAUUCUAGCUGGCACUCACGAGAACUUCACAGAUCACAACGAUCAAGUAUUGGUCACAAUUAGCAACAUGUACACUUGGAAGACUCCAGUGGAAACUGUUAUGCCCUUAAUAUUAAUAUUGUUUUUAGGGUCUUUUAGUGACCGUCACAAAUUGAGAAAACCGUUUUUGUUAUUACCGAUUGUUGGGGAGUUCUUUGCGGUAAUAGCAUGUAUUUUGUGUGUUAUAUUCAUGGAUACAUGGCCGCUAGAAGCCCAAGGAGUUUCGCAAACUAUAAUUCCAUCAAUCUUAGGAGGACCGGCAAUGAUUACAAUGGCGGCUUUUGCUUACAUUGCAGACGUCAGCACGGUUGAGAUGCGUACACUUAGAAUGGGUGUUGUACAAAUAACCCUCAACAUUUUCUCUCCGAUCAUACAACUUAUUAGUGGAGUACUGUUUAACAAAAUUGGAUAUUACGGGAUACUCCUGAUAGCAGCUGCAUUUUAUUUGUUUGCACUCACGUACGGAAUUUAUUGUAUCAAGGAACCGAAACAACCAGUGAAAGAGUCAACAGCUAAUCUUUUGUGCGACAUUUUCGAUCCAAAGAAUGCGGUUGAUACAUUUAGCUUGAUAUGCAAGAAGGCUGCUGAUAAUAACCGGGUCUACAUUCUUUUAGUGCUUGUGACAAUUUUUGUGUACAACGGGGUGGCGAAUGGUGAAUUGAACCUAUUUUUCUUGUACGCACAAAGGCAAGUGCAUUGGACUGUGGUGGAAUUUAGUUAUCUUGUAUCUGUUAAUACGAUAGUGCAUUUAAUUGGUACGGUGGUUGCUAUUCCUCUAUUUACAAAAAUAAUGAAUCUAAGCGAUCCAAUUAUCAUUGUGAUCACAUUCGCAGAUAAGAUUUUAUGCAAUUUUAUAUUUGCAAUGGCUAAUACAGGCACCUUAAUGUAUGUAGCCGUCAUUGUAAGUUUAAUAACAGGAGUCUCAGGAGUGGCAAUACGGUCUCUGGGUACGAAAGUUGUUUCUAUAAAUGACUUGGGAAAAGCUCAGUCGUUAUUAAGCAUUUUUGAAGCUGUAGCUCCCGCAAUCGCUACACCUGUUUAUAACCAAGUCAUAUACAAUAAAACAUUUAAUGUCUACCCACCAGCUUUUUUUGUGUUUGGAAUUAUACUCUAUGUAAUAUGCUGUAUCUUGGUGAUGUGGAUGUGGAUUGGUCAGAAACGAAAGAACAAAAAAAUUGCAGAAAGUACAAAGGACAAAUCGAUACCUAUGGAAAGUUAUACACAGACAACACAUAUUUGAAGAGUUCGUUAAAUUUGUUGUUAUUUUUAUUGUUUUUUUAAAUUUAUUUAGUUUUUGAUGUGCACAAAAUAAAAAACACAAUUUUGUUAACUGAUCAAUUUGCUGUGCUGCUAGAAUGUUACUGGGUCGAUGUAACCUAUAGAAAGCACUUUAUACAGUGUGUAAUAAUAUAAAAUGUUUAAAAUAAA